GGAAGGGCUGCACACCUGGCCAGGUGUGCCAGGGCGGCUCCAGGUGACGUUUCCCCGUCCCCAGAGCAUCUUCCGGGUGGUUUUCCAUGACCGGCGGCUGCAGUACACGGAGCACCAGCAGCUGGAGGGCUGGAGGUGGAACAGACCCGGGGACAGGAUCCUGGACAUAGAUAUCCCGAUGUCCGUGGGGAUCAUCGACCCCCGUGCGAACCCAACUCAGCUCAACACCGUGGAGUUCCUGUGGGACCCGGCCAAGAGGACGUCGGUGUUCAUCCAG